CCCCCACCGAAAAGAGGAGGGCAGGGAAAGGAGCAAUCCAUGGCGGACGACUUCCAGAAGCAGCUCCUCUCCUCGCUCGUAUCCGACAUCAAGAACUAUGACGGCCGUGAUCCUCUCCGCCCUUGGCUUCACGGCAUUCGGAGGAUGAAGGAAUCUCUGCCUCCUCGAAUCUUGAAAGAGAAGCUGCCGAGAUUCCUGCAGAAGUGCGCCCAGACUUUUGAAUCCGAUCGCAGAUACCGAAAUGACGCUCGAUACCUCCGCGUCUGGAUCGAACUGAUGGAUUACGUGGAUGAUGCCAAGGUGCUUUUGAGGAAGAUGGAGAAGAACGGUAUUGGCUUGAAACGAGCGAUGUUCUAUUUGGCGUAUGCUUUGUACUAUGAGAAGCAGAAGAAGUUCACAGAAGCGGAGAAGAUGUACCAUAUGGGUGUUCAAAACCUUGCAGAGCCUGCCGGUGAGUUACAAAAAUCAUAUGAGCAGUUUCUUCGUCGAAUGGAGUUGUACAAGAAAAGAAAAGCUAAAGAGGUGGUGUCCAAUAAAAGAUGCUUAACAUUGAAAGGUACUCAUAUGAGCAAAGAAAGUAUUACUGACCAGGAAGGGAUUACAGAGAAGAAGGAAAUAGUUGAUGAUAAAGUUCAAAUAGUUGAUGCAGAGGAUGCUUCACAGAAACCUCAUCAUAUUGAAGGUUCCAGCAAACCAAGAUGUAAAGUUCGAGGAUCAGCAGUUCUUGGAAGAUCAUCUAAACACAGAGAUUAUCCUGUUGUUGAUUGGGAAAAACAAAUUCCACAUGAUACUGAUGACACAGUAGUGGUGAAGUUUGUAGACUCUGCAAUAGUUGGAAGGUCUGAAGCAGAAGAUGCUUGCCAUCACGGACUUGUGGAUCCCACCAUCAACAUGAAGGAGGCUAUGAAUGCCAUCGGUAGCAUGUUUCGGGAGCCAAUAGAGCCAGAGAUCAUGGUUAAAAGAAGAUCAAGUAAACCAAAGGCUAUUCCGCAUACCAAUGGGUUUGAAGUGUUCAUUGAUGACGAUUUUGGUGAUGGACCAAACUUUGGUUCUUGCCCCACAAGGAAUGAGCAGUGUGGUGUUAGUGAUCUUCCAAACCUGCGGUCCAAUAAGCAUGGAGAAGCUUUCUUUCCGGAAGCACUGAAGAACCAAAGGAAAACAGAAGUACAGAAGCCAUUUCUCAGAGAGUUCAAAAUAUUGGCUGAUGAUGAUGAAGUUGAUGAGGUGACUGAUAGGCAGAUUGAAGUUGCCAAGCCACCAAUUGCUAAUGCUUCCAUUUGUUCAAAACAACAUGAUCCGGCUUCUAGCAGCUAUGGAAAUUCCAAAAUGAUCAUCCCGGGAUUACACGAAGAGACUAUUGUUCACAGAUUUGUCGGAUCAACUGUUCUUGGUGAACCCAAAGUGGAAAAUGCAUGCCACCAUGGUUUGGUAGAUCCAACCAUCAACCUGAAGGAAGCUAUGGAUGAUAUAAACAGCAUGUUUGGGAAGCCAUUGGAUUUCUUUAACGGCGACAAACCAAAGAAGAAGCCAGGGUUCGUGUGUUCAGAUAAGCAACCAGCUUGUGAUGGAUUUGCUGUAUCUUGUGAAGGAUUCUCAAUAUUGGCCGAUGAUGACAUGGAAGAUCCAGAAAACAAUGCUCCGCCUGAAAACUUUUGUGAAAAUGGUGAUCUAUUUGAGCCAACCAUUUUUACCAAGGAGGCUAUGGCCGAAAUCAAUGAAAUGUUUGGAAAGCCUUUGGACUUCUGACUAGAUUAGGGUACAUGAUUGGACAUGUUUGGUCCAACAACAUUUUGCCUCAUGAAGAUUCCCUGAUCUACCAGCUAAAAUUGGGGAAGAUGUAUCGAUAACUCUACCCAUGGGUAAGUGGAUUCUAGAAUUUUUCCUACUAAAUUCCAGAAAUCUGUGCAGAGUUUGAUGUGAAAUUUUCAGUUGAUGAGUUACCAAAUAUGACCAUUAUGUUUGUGUGGAUCAUUUUUAUCCAAUUGUUGAACCUGUGAAUGGAGUCAUAGAUGCUUUGGUGCUUUUUUUGAUC